AUGGCAGCUUCCAGGUCGGACAUGGCAUUCGGAUGUUCCCACCGAACCCCGCCAACUUUCGUCCUAUUCGCUUUCCUCAAACCUACUGGCCAUGAUUCUUCCCUCAUGACCUCGCAACUCCCCACGAGCAACCUGCUCGUUCGCGUGAUAUCACAGAAAUUCCGACAGCUCCUAGGCCAGUCAACAGACACCUCAAACGACGAUAAGGUUGCAACCACCGGUGUCAACCAAGAUAACGCCGCCAUGGGGUCCUCCGAUGGGGCUUCGCCCUUCCUUCCCCCUCCUACACUCGACGUCAACCCCGCAAAGUUCGAGCAGGGCGACGAUUUCGUCCAAGGCAUAAUGGAUGAGAUCCUCACCGACGAGGCCGAGUAUGACCGGAGCUUUGACGAGUACACUGGGACUCGGCCAGCCUCCGUCGACCGAGAAGAUGAGCAAUCGGAGUCCGCCUCUGAGGGGAUCAACGUCGCGGCGGAGACAGAAGAACACUCCGAAAAGAUGCUCCCCUACUCAAGUCCUUGUCCUUCUUACAAGAGACACAAGCUGCAACAGGGUAAGGAAUCCAGCAACAGCAGUGAGAACGAGGACGAGAGUGACCAGGAUGCCGCGUCAAGUUCCGCAGAGUCGUCUUCAGAGGGAAGUUCUGAGCAUGUCGAUGAUGAAAAGGAGGAAGAGCGUCGGCGAGAAGAAUUCAUUCUUGAGCCUUUGAGCUUUACCCAGCGGGAGGAGUUUCUACACUUUAUCAAAAUCCACCCCUUCGUCUGGCAACGGCCUAUCCGGCGGACCGCACGGCGCCAGUUCCUGCGCGAUGUAUGCGAUAAAGCCUCGGAGAUUGGGUUGGACCAGGAAAGGAUCGCGCUACUUGAGAGACACGUCCGGAAGCUGUACCUAGAGAUCCGCAAAAUCGACGCUGAUCCUGAAGGCUCGGAGUUUGGUCCUGAGCUUGACGAUGAGUACGUGCCUACGGGACCGGCCAACACUCAGAAGAGGAAGUGGGACAGCGACAAGGAAUCGAGCUCGAAAUUCAGAAGGAUCAAGCGGGAGUUUUCCGAGGAAAUACCCCCUGGACGCUUGGCUUCUGACCAUGAUGUUGAUCGAGAAGUCGAUACUCUCAGUAUGGAAGAUUCGGCUAUCUCUGUCUCCGAAGGGGACUCCUCUCAGACAAAUCUUGAUCAUGCGAGACCGGACCUUGCGCAGGAGUCUUCUUUCGAGAAAGAAUCGGGUAGUGAUGAGGUUGCGAGUAAAGGCCCGGGUGUUGAGGAAGCCGCAGACGCAGUGAAAUCUGCACCUGAACCUCUCGAACAGUUUAAAUCGCCACAGAUGGCCUCAAGGCCCAAGAGCACCAGGACACCUCCACGCAGUCCCGAUGAUGCUAAGAAGGGCAGCUCUUCUACUUCCCGUAAACGCUCUUCACACAUGCCUUCCUCCCAUGCUACUCCCUCGGAGAAGAUUGUUGUUGUUCUUGACUCCAGCAGUUCCAAGUCAUCCAAUGCACCCGAUUCCGACUCAGUAUCGGGCACCACCUCAAAUGCAGACAAGAAGAAGUUGCAACGGGAAAAGAAAAGAAUGAAAAAGCGAAACCGGCGCCAGGCAAAAAAGGACAAAAAACGCCGCGACAGUCUUCCGAACGAAAACACGGCCUUGAGUGAAAGCCAACCGAAAAGUCAUGUUCCAAGCAAGAAAACCGGCGCGAAGGCAAAGAAGAACAGUGCCACUGACCACGGAAACACUGCUUUUGAUGACAACUAUUGGGACUUGACGGAUUUUUAA